ACACGACUGUACAUACAUACAUACAUUUCCCCAUGGACAGAAUCAAAGUCCUUGGGUGUACUACGGCGAAAAGUUGUCGUCUGGAUGUUGUUUUUUUUCCCAUUGAACAACGUUAGGACGACGUCUGGACAAAACGCCCGGUGAAUCUGAAGAAAUCUGAAUGCUUUUUGGUGAAAAGUUGUCCGGACGUUCAUUCUGAACGCACCCUUGCUGCACUAAAAUGAUUUUCUUGAAUUAUUUCUUCAAAGUUCAAAUAAUAAUCGGAUAUUAUUUGUGUGUGAAUGCCACGAAAGAUAAUGACAGCUGUCAAUGCGGCAAUAAAUUGAAUCGACAGUCAAUUUUCAGUUUCCAGAAAGGACAUUGUAAUGUGAAUAAUGUUAAAUUCAACAUAACUAACAUGAAGGAGAAAAUGAAGAAAAUGGUCAAAAUCAACGCCGGUACAUAUUUUAUUGGAACAAACAAUCCAGUUUUUGUAGCCGAUGGAGAAGGACCAAGACGUGAAGUAGUAUUAGAUAAUUUUUACAUAGAUAAAUUUGAGGUUAGUAAUGAAGAGUUUAUGAUUUUUGUAAACGCUACUGGAUACAUAACUGAAGCAGAAAGCUUUGGAGAAUCUUUCGUCUUUGAAAACCUAUUAAAACAAAACAUAAAGGACAAAAUCAAUAAGGUAGUUGCACAAGCACCUUGGUGGUUACCUGUGAAGCAAGCCUCGUGGCAACAUCCAGAAGGACCUAAUUCAAAUAUCACUUUCAGAAUGGAUCAUCCUGUUAUUCAUGUCUCUUGGCAUGAUGCGGUUGCUUACUGCAGUUGGAUAGGAAAAAGAUUACCAACUGAAGCAGAAUGGGAAGUUGCCUGCCGUGGUGGACUCUCUGACAGACUUUAUCCUUGGGGAAAUAAAUUGAUGCCAAACAAUCAACAUAAAGCCAAUAUUUGGCAAGGCAAUUUUCCUACAGAGAAUACUGAAGAAGAUGGAUAUAAAGGCACGUCACCAGUUACAAUAUUUUCACAAAAUAAAUAUGGUUUGCAUAAUAUUGUUGGAAACGUAUGGGAAUGGACAGCAGAUUGGUGGAUAACAAGGCAUUUACAUGAUCGACAAAUAAAUCCACAUCCAGCACCCGCAAACAUGGAAUGAGAUAAAUACAGGUUGGCACUACUCAGUUUUAACUAGUUGCAACCGUUUCCACCAGGUUUAAUUCUCUGCCACUUCACUAGAACUUGUGAAUUAAAGUGAGAGUGAACUGAGCUCUAUUUGACAUGUUUCCAUCGACUUCAAUUUGGCUCUACACCAGAUUUGAUGCGGAUUAAUGCCUUGGUGGAAACUAGACCACUGUCGGCUUAUAUAUCCGAACGCACGGUUGGAUGCGCCAAUCGGCGCGUUAGACCGGCCGAGCCGGAGUGGGAGCAUCGUGGAAUGCCACGGUCGGUGCGCAUGUUGCCGGGUGAUCGUGUCGAAAGGUUAUGCUGUGCGUGCACGUGGCUUUCCGCCGCGCUCGGUGUUCGAGUGGACGAAACGAUAAGAAGGCGCGCGGACGGUGGAGGGGCGUAUUGUUACAUUUUCAUAAAUCAUGUUUUGACUUUACUUAAAGAGAUGUCACAAAUUGCAAAACACAGAAUCAGAUAAGCC